GGAGGAGGAGGAGGAGGAGGACGAAGUCGAAGAGGCCAUGCAUGGACCCAUAUUUCUGAUGAUAUAAGAGCAACUUUGGUGGACCAUGUCAUCAACCAUGGCCUGACCAUGAGGGAAGCUGGGCAGAGAGUCCACCCACAUCUAAGCCGCUUCACAGUGGCAUCUGUAAUAAGAACAUUCCGACUAGAAAACAGAAUGACUCGAAGACCUUCUGGGGGAGGACGCCAACGCCUGUUCACACAACAGCAGGAACUUGCCGUUGUGGACCUAGUGAGGGCAGACAAUGCCAUCCGUCUCCACCAGCUACGAAAGACAAUACUUGCAGACAGGCAAGUGCUCAACAACAUAACCCAUGUGAACAUCACCACCAUCAGACGCAUCUUGGGAAAACACAGCAUCACCAUGAAGCAGCUCUACAGAGUCCCAUUUGAGGGGAACAGUGACAGGGUCAAAGGACGUCGAGCUGAGUAUGUACGGAGAAUCUUGGCCAUGGAUGGAGCUGCACAGCCUCAUGAAUUCAUUUUCAUUGAUGAAGCUGGAUUCGACCUGUGCAAAACAAGACGACGGGGUCGUAAUGUAAUUGGCCAAAGGGCAAUUGUGCACGUCCCAGGGCAGCCCGGGGGAAAUAUCACAUUGUGUGCCGCCAUAAGCCUUCAAGGGCUUCUGCAUCAUCAUGCAAAACUAGGUCCAUACAAUAGCCAACAUAUACUCACAUUUCUAGAUGCUCUCCAUAAUAUAGUUGUACAGAACAGCCCAGAUCAGCCCAGGUUUGUGGUGAUAUGGGAUAAUGUCAGUUUCCAUCGGGCUGCUCUGGUCCAGGCCUGGUUCUCCAACCACAAUCAACUUGAAGUGGUAUACUUGCCCCGACAUCCCUCAUCUAUAGCAUCACACAUGCAAAGUUACAGUUUCUGCCCAUUGCUUGAACACAUUUUGCAAAACUUCGCUCAUUGUGCCAAAACUCUAAACACAAGUAAACAUGACACAACACUGGGAAAUAUACCAUUCACAUCUGUGCCAAAUUGA